AUGUCCAAGAUUGGUGAAGUUAUCCAAGAACCUAAGGAAGGCCCUGCUAAAUUUUAUGACAGACUAUGUGAAGCAUACAAAACUUAUUCCCCAUUUGAUCCUGAUGGCCCAGAAAAUCAGCAGAUGGAACAGACUGAUUCUUUGGCCAUGGCUGUCUUACAAAACUGUCAGGCCUCAGACCCCCUGAGAGCCCAACAAGGGGUCACCUGCCUUUUUGUGAAACAGGAAUGUUGUUAUGCUAAUAAGUCAGAAAUUAAAUAUCUUUUUGGUUGUGAACUAAAGACCAACAAAGAUUAUCACUUUAAGGUGGAUAAUGAUGAAAAUGAUCACCAGGACCAGUUGUCAUUAAGAACAGUCAAUUUAGAGGAUGAUGCAAAGGAUGAAUUGCACAUUGUGGAAACAUAGGCUAUGAAUUAUGAAGACAACCCAAUUAAAUUAAUGCUGGUAACUUUGAAAAUGACUGUACAACCAACAGUUUCCCUUGAGGGCUUUGAAAUUACACCACCUGUCUUAAGGCUGAAGUGUUGUUCAGGGCCUGUGCCUAUUAAUGGACAGCACUUAGUAGUUGUGGAGGAAGAUGCAGAACCAGAGGAGGAGGAGGAGGAAGAUGGAAAACUCUUGAGCAUAUGUGGAAAGAGAUGUGCUCCUGGAAAUGGUACCAAGGUUACAGAGAAAAUAGUAAAAUUAGCUGGUGCUGAUGAUGAUAAUGAUAAUGAUGAUGAUCAUGAUGACAAUGAUGAUGAUUUUGAUGAUGAGGAAAAUGAGGAGAAAGUUCCAGUGGAAAAAGGCCAAGCAAUCUUCACAAAACAGGAAAAGACUCCUAAAAUACCCAAAAGACCUAGAUUUAUAGAAGAUAUUAAAGCAAAAAAUGCAAGCAACCCAAAAGAAGUGACAGAAUAUGCACCUAUCACCUGCCUCAGGAGGCUGGAGCCAAGUUGUGGGAGACCAGACAGGAAGAUUGAGACCUUGGCCUCUUCUCAAAGACGCAGAUGUACUAGCCCAAGCUCUACAACUGGGGCCCAGCAGGCCCAGAGCAAAGCCCAGGGCACCAUCACAACCCUUCUCUAUGACCAGAGUGCCACAUCAGGAGCCAGCAACACAAAGCUCCAGGCCAUGCUUGCCUGGGCACAGGCUGGUAGACAAUAUGUUCAGACAAGCAGCAGGGAAGCCCAGGCUGACGGAUUCCAUAUCUGUGCCACACUAGGCAGGCUAAUCCACCUGCAGAGGCACCAUCAGCAGAGCACUGCACCACAUGCCCAUCUUCCAGCGGCACGACGACACCAGGUCCUGCACUUUCUAGUGCCCCUGUUUGUUUCUAGUGCCCCUGUCCUGCCCACAGUGGCAGGACAGUGGUUCAGCCGCAUUAGGUCACCUAGGAAAGGAAAUGCAUACAAGUUCCCAAGCAGACACAGCAGGGAUUGA